AUGAAGUCGAUGGCUAACAUCUGCAAGCUGCUGGUCUUCUGCAGUCUAACAUGGGUCGUGUCCUCGACAACCACUCUUCCACCUCCCCCUGAGUGCAACGCCACAUUGAGCAUCUCUCCUGGCGGCAGUUUUAGGGUCAAGGGCGUUGGGGACGGGCACUUGCAAUCCUUGUCACCAUGGACUUGGAGACAGUCCACAGUGACUCACCGAAUCCCUGCAACCAUCUGGGAAGCACAGUGCAGCAGCUCCAAUUGUUUGAUUGACGGACUAAACUCAGUUCCCAUCUAUCAGAAUGUAUUGGUGCUGAGCCUGAACUCAGACAGAACCUGCUAUAAGGCAACCUACCAGUCCGUGGCAGUGGGCUGCACCUGUGUUCAAGUGCGGAAAAAACAAAACUGA